UGAUAUUCAUUGGCUAGCGGGGAAAUUUGAAAUGGAACGCGCCUGUCUUGCUUCUUGUACACACGUCCAGGAGCUGAGCGUGAGAUAACCCUAACACAAGAAUAACAAACUUGAUCAUCCAGUGCAAAAACAGAGGUCAAAGGUUUUUCUGUUUUCUCAUUAUUGUGGUGGACUCAAACGAAGAUGGACACUGCUGUGUUAAACCUACACAGCUUGUUUGACAAUCUGCGGUCUCAUGUUGACAUACUCAAUGAGAGCAUUGAACCCCAGUUCAUCCAGAUGGCCCUCAACUUUGAGGACUGCCGUCGUAGAUGGCUCAGGUUUGAGCAGGACCUGGGGUCCUGCAAGGAAGUGCUUGCCAAGGCAGAAACGGAGAGGGGAGCCCUGGAAGUUAAACUCAAGCAUGCUCGCAAUCAAGUCGACGUGGAGAUCCGCCGGCGCCAGAAGGCAGAGGCUGACUGUGAGAAGUUGGACCGCCAGAUUCAGCUGAUUCGGGAGCUUCUGAUCACUGAGGGCUCCAGCAACAGCAUCCAGCUGAAUGAAGAGCAGCGUUCUGCUCUGGCUUUCCUCAACGCUCGAUCUCAGGCAGCACCAGCCAACCUUAACACCAGCAGAAGAUUGCAGACCAUUGACGAGUCUGCCUCCAUUUUAUCAGACAUCAGCUAUGAUAAAACAGAUGACUCUCUGGACUGGGACUCAUCCAUCGUGAGAACUAUGCGACUGAAGAAACGUGAAAAACGGUGCUCUGCCUCCAGAAAUGUAAUUGACGGCCCCCCAAGUGCUUCCAAGAGGUCUCGAUCAACAGGCAGAACUUCUGAGAUGGGAAAUGAGUCUCUUGUGGCCAAGACCACAGUGACUGUGCCUGCUGACGGAGGACCCAUCGAAGCCGUCUCUACUAUUGAGGCUGUUCCCUACUGGACUCGGAGCAGGAGAAAGACUGCUACACUGGAGUGGGACUCUGAGUCAGUCAAGUCUGAGGAUGUCAUGCCCAAACAGCCCAACCGGCCAGAGAGCGACAGCAGGCCUCAGGAACCCAGCACACCCCAGGGCAACGGGGGUGUCCGUAAUCACGAAUUUGUCUCCAAAACGGUAAUCAAGCCUGAGUCGUGUGUGCCUUGUGGCAAGAGGAUCAAGUUUGGGAAGAUCUCCCUGAAGUGCCGUGACUGCAGAGUGGUCACCCACUCAGAGUGUCGUGAACGCUGUCCCCUGCCAUGCAUCCCCAUCCUGGGUGGCACGCCUGUCAAAAUUGGAGAGGGCACUCUUGCAGACUAUGUCUCCCAUGUCCAAUCUCCCAUGAUUCCCUCUCUGGUGGUGCACUGCGUCAGUGAGAUUGAGCAGAGGGGCCUACAUGAGACCGGCCUCUAUCGGCUGUCCGGUUCUGACCGCACAGUGAAGGAACUGAAGGAGAAGUUCCUGCGUGGGAAGACUGUCCCGCUGCUCAGCAAGGUGGAAGAUAUCCACUGCAUCACUGGCCUCCUCAAGGACUUCCUCAGGAAACUCAAAGAGCCCCUCCUCACUUUCCGCCUCAACCGCACCUUCAUGGAGGCUGCAGAGCUUGUGGAUGAGGAUAACAGCAUUGCCCUGAUGUACCAGACCAUCAGUGACCUGCCACAGGCCAACAGAGACACCCUGGCCUUCAUGGCCAUUCAUCUCCAGAGGGUCGCCCAAAGCCUGGGCACUAAGAUGGACAUCACCAACCUGGCACGGGUGUUUGGGCCUACUAUCGUUGGCCAUGCAGUGCCUGACCCAGAGCCCAUGGCAAUACUGCAGGACACCAAACGCCAGCCCAAGGUUAUUGAGCGUCUGCUGGGCAUGCCGGUGGAGUACUGGAGCCAGUUCAUGAUGGUGGACCAUGACCAGCCGCAUCCUGAUCACAUGAUUAUCGAGAACGCGAAUUGUUAUACCCCUGACCAGAAAGUGAGCAUGCUGGGUCCCCUCACCACUCCAGAGCACCACCAGAUGAACAAAACCCCGUCCUCCAGCUCCCUGGGUCAACGCAUGAGGUCCACCCUGAGCAAGACGACACCCAAAUUUGGGAGUAAGAGCAAGUCUGCCGUGGUAGUGGGAUUCACCAGUCGCCCAGGAAACUUCUUUGCAUCGCCGCUCCUCAAGUAAUCCAAAGCAGCCACAGGGCAGCUCGGUUCACCUAAUGGGAAAUAACUGCAAUACCUAGCAAUAGAUUGAUUUUAACUUUUUUAUUUUAUACAAUUUUACAGAAGACUGAGACAGUAAUGCUUCCACAGACACUGUAAACACUUAUUUUAUGUGUUUUAUAUUUCAAAAUGGUAUGGUUUUUAUGUGUGUAACAGGAUAUUUUUCCAACCAAAAGGGAAAGUCUCUUCUGGUGCUCUGAUAAAAAUAAAUAAAAAAAAGCUCUAAAUCAAGAUUUAACAACCUCGGGCAAUGAAACCUACUAGGUUUGUAGAUGCAAUGUUUUCUUCAGAAUCUUUCUGUGAUUUAUUUACAAAGGAAAUGUUGAACAUUGGUUGAGAAUGCGCAUGUCUGAAUUUAGGCGGGUGAUUUUCUUAGAAAAAAGGUUGAUCUUAUAUUUAUAUAUUUAACUUGCACAUCACCAGUUAGAAAACAACUUUGCAUAGAGCUUUUUAUGACUGGCUUGAAUAGAGUUACUGCAUAUGGCAUUCAUUUUUUUGAUGUUAUCUUUUCCUGUUUAUUUGUAUAAUCACCUUUGUAAUGUCUACAUGCUUAAGCAGUUUGAUUGUACAUGUUUAACUCCAUUUGUCUUUUACAUACUCAAGACUAGCCACAGUAUUGUAAUAUUAAUUCUGCAAAUUUGAUAAGAUGUCUGCAGCGUUCUUUGGCAAUAAUCAACUAACUUAGCGGUAACCAUGCAGCUGUAUGCUUGGUGACUUAAGCACAUUUUGCAACUUGAGUAUACAUUUGAAAGAAAUUCACCUUUCCUUGUUUCCUUUCCUGAGUGUUCUAAAAAUAUAACUUACACUUCAAGUAGUCCUUGGACAUUGUGAUUAUUGGCCAAUAUGACUCUGGUCUUCAGUUUGACUUUCUCUUUAUGACCAUCUUUGUUUGCACGAUGGGAGGUUGGUUCUGGCUGUAAUGUUCUGCACCCGUAACUGCAUCGAAUACUUCAUCAGAGAACCCGAGUGUAGAAAUGGUGGCAUUUCAACAAGAAUGUCAAAUUUGCUUUGAUCAAAGCUUUUUGUGGACGUUGUUUUGCACAAGUACAUGAGUACACACUAUGUAUGUGAUUUGUAAAUACAGUAUACGGUACAUUUAAA